CCAAAGAUCCUUCAUUACUGAAAGCUCCGCUUUAACCCUCUCUGCCUCAACUGCAACAACUGCAAUGUGACGGAAGGAGACGCGUCUGUGCCAUGAAGGAAAACACAUGUAGUUUUAAUAAGGAUCAAGAGCUGCAUUCCACGUUGUCUUUAAUUGAGUGCGGAGUUGCGGACUGUGGCGGGGACAUUGAUGAAAAUGGUCCAGGCCUUAACUUUGGAGCAUGGUCCAAUUGCUACAGUUUCUUUCCCACCACAGACAAACAGUUCCUGAAAAUAACCAUAGAUCAGAGAAAGGGUGGGGCUGAAACGCGAAAAACUGUUAACUACUAUAACACCCCAGUGGGGUUUAUUGAUCGAUGCAAAUUGGGCAGAGCCCGCUGCGUAAAGCGUUGCCAGCGCCAAGGACAAGAAGUGGACCGUCAUCCUGACUGUAAUUUGACAAGUAGCCCUAAGUGCACUGGACAAAAAUGUCAACAUGAGAGUGCGUCUGGAGACAACAAGGAAAAAUUCAUUCCUGAAAACAAGAAGAAAUGGUCUAGUGAUGAAAACUCAAGGAAACCUUGUUCUGUUGAAGAUCUUGAGGGACCAAUAUGCAUUACAUGCUGUGUUAAGUCAUAUCAAAAUUCAGGAGACAUCUCACCACCAGACCCAUCCCAUCAAACCUCCAGGAUGAAAAAGCACGGCUUGUUUCAGUCCCCAUCCAAGGCUAACUCAGUGUCCUGGAAUCAAGCAUUCGGACGCAGGGCAGUGAAAAAAAAGGCGACCAGUAGUGAUGCCAUGAAGGACAUCUCCCUGUCAACACACAAAAACAAUAUCGUGUGGUGCAGAAAGUGCCCAGAUCCUCCCAGUGGCCAGUGCAGAAGCAAGUUCAGGACUCCUGGAGGCCCUGGGAGAGAGGAAAUGAAGAAGGCCAUAUCUAUGUUCACACAAAAAGGACGAGGCUCAGGCAGCCAGAGAAUGGAGCAAUUGCACAUGCCUGUAGUUGUGUCCCCCUUCGUCAAGAGGUCCCAGACCCCAAUAUUCUGGCAUGGUCAUCAGCGAUCCCAGCCUCUGAAGUUUGGUGACAAAUACACCACACUUCCACGAUCUGCCCCACCUCACACACUGCUAAUUGAGUCAAGCAGGAGGAUGUAUUCUAACAAAGCCAUUGAAAAACCCUGGAUGUAAUAUAAAGAUAUUUGUUAUAGCGA